AGAGUGUCGCUGGGUCUGGGUGCUGGGAAGCAGCAGCGCUCGCGGAGCUUGCCCGUCAGCCCCCGACUGCCAUGUCGGCCUUCGACACGAACCCCUUCGCGGACCCAAUGGACGUGAACCCCUUCCAGGAUCCCUCUGUGACCCAGCUGACCAGUGCCCCGCAGGGUGGCCUGGCUGAAUUCAACCCCUUCUCAGAGACAAAUGCAGCAACAACUGUUCCAGUCACACAGCACCCUGGGUCCUCACAGCCAGCAGUUCUCCAGCCUUCGGUGGAACCAGCCCAGCCAACCCCCCAGCUCCUGCUUAGACAGGCCAGCAAGUUCCUGCCUACCAGGUUCCUGGCAGUGAGCGAGCGCUCAGAGAGGCAGAUGCUGCUAGGAGGAGAUAGUAUUCUCAGAGACAGCUACAUGCGAAAGCUUUCGAAGGCCAUAGCCUCUGCAGCCCAGGCAGGCCUGCUUCGCCAGCAGGAAGAGCUGAACAGGAAAGCGGCUGAGCUGGAACGCAAGGAGCGGGAGCUGCAGAACACUGUGGCCAACUUAAGCGUGAGAGACAACAACUGGCCGCCACUACCUUUCUGGUGCCCUGUCAAGCCCUGCUUCUACCAGGAUUUCUCCACAGAGAUCCCUGCCGACUACCAGCGGAUAUGCAAGAUGCUCUACUAUCUCUGGAUGUUGCAUUCAGUGACUCUGUUUCUGAACCUGCUUGCCUGCCUGGCCUGGUUCACAGUUGACACUUCCAAGGGAAUGCAGUUUGGCCUCUCGAUCUUGUGGUUUCUGAUCUUCACCCCCUGUGCCUUCCUUUGUUGGUACCGACCCAUCUAUAAGGCCUUCAGGUCAGACAACUCUUUCAGCUUCUUCGUGUUCUUCUUUGUAUUUUUUUGUCAAAUAGGGGUCUACAUCAUCCAGGUGAUCGGCUUCCCGAAUCUGGGGAACAGUGGUUGGCUCGCAGUCCUAAGUGUAGAAAACCACUUGCCCGUGUUGAUCAUCAUGAUAGUGGUGGCUGGCUUCUUCACCCUCUGUGCCGUGCUUGCAGUCAUCCUCCUGAAGCGGGUGCACUCUCUAUACCGCCGAACCGGGGCCAGCUUUCAGCAGGCCCAGGUGGAGUUUUCCCAGGGCAUCUUCAGCAACAGGACUUUCCGCAGCGCUGCCUCAUCUGCUGCCCAAGGGGCCUUCCAAGAGAAUUAGCCCUCCUGGCUCUCUCCUCCCUCUGCCCCAGCUUUUUCUCUCACCUGCCUUCUGAGCUGCACUUUCCGUGGGUGCCUUAUAUGAUGGUUAUGCCCAGCACAGACCUGAGGAGGGUCUUGCCAUGGCUCUUCCUCCUUCCUCAGCAGCCAGCUCUCCCUUCCACCUGAGGGGAGGUGAGGGAGGAAGGGACUUAUUUUUACACAAGAGAAAAGAAAAAAAAAAGUCUUUCUUUCUCUGGUGGUGGUUUGGUAGGGUUCUGUUGUCUCUUUGGAAGCAGUGGAACUAAAGCCUCUCCCCUCCACCACACACACAUACCACUUGGGAUCACUGGCUGCCAUGGGCCAACCUCAGCUGGAGUGUUAUCUCUUCCAGGGUCCUGGGACUCCACUUCUCCCUCCACAGACCCAGCCUGUGGCCUUCACAGUCCUGCCCUUCCUUCCUGCCCAGGCUGGGUAGCCUCUCAAGGGCACCACUGUGGAGGAGCUGCAGGCUGGACAGGUGGUCAACUCUGUUCCCCAGAUUGCUCUGGGAUGGUCUCUGGGCUUCCAGAGCCUCUAGCCUGACUAGCCUCACCUCUGCCUCAUUUUUCUCACAGAUUCAUAGCCCUUUAGGCCCCUGGUACCCUCCUGGUAUGGGCAACACUUUGUGCCUUAGAGCCCUUUGGGGCCCUCCCUGAGCCCUUCCUGCUUCAGACUUACUGAAUGUGCAAUGGAGUUGGGAUUUAGGGGAUGGGAAGGGGAGGGAUAGAGGACAUUGACCCACGAUGUUCUACCCAGGAGGGUGGUGUCUGACUAUCCUGGUGUGGUUUCUUUGGGCUUGUUUGUUUUGACUGCCUCUCCUCAUGUGGGACAGCUGCCAUUUGCCUUGGCCUCAGAUUCUAACCACCAUCCCCACCCCCACCCCCCAUCAGCAACAUCCAGCUUGUGUGACCUUUGAGGAGGGCAGGGUGAGUCAGCCCAGAACUGCACCCUUCUGGCUGGUCUGACAAGCCACCUUUCUGAAGGCUCCAGACUAAUCCUGCAGGGCCCCCCCACAUAUACACACACCUCCAGUAGAAUCUAGGUCACUGUUGACUCAUCCUGGGGACUCCCCAGGAGGUGUGUCACUGUGCUAUGAGCCUAGGAGUCCACGGUUAGAACCUGCAUGGUGUGUGGGCUGAGGGGCUUCCCCAAAAAAGUUAGCCAGCCCCUGCCUCUGGGACCUGGGGCCCACCCACCCUGAGGCAGCCCUAAGGCUGCUAGCCCACUCAGCCCCAGAGCCACUGAAUGAUGAUGACAGUGGCCAAGGUUUUGUACUCCUUUCUGGUAUUUUUUCCUCCAUGUACAUACAAAUGUAUAUGUUUUAUCUCAAUUUUUGUGCUUAAAUAAAAAGACAUUUUCAGACAAGUCUGGUCCUAAUGUCUGGUGGAUGUGGGAGGAUGGAAGUGGUCCUAAGGGGUAGGGGCUGACGUGCUUCCAGCGACAGGCCAGGGGGGAAGUCAAGAUGCUGCUGCAUCUAGCGCCGGCUCUCUGGCUGGUCUGC